AUGCCAACAGUUAUAUCUCCUCCAGUGUCCUGGAAGUCUCACUUGAAAAAGCUUCCAGGAAAUACACACAAUGAAUCAUCCUCCGCUGGCACAUGUUACAUAUUGCAUGCCAUACUGGUCCUGAUACAUGUCGUCCUUGUUAUCUUUUAUAUCUUUCAUUGGGAACAUCGCGUGACCCUCCCAUUCACACAAAUGAACACCGAUUUUUGGCCUGUGGUACUGAGUGCUUCACUGCAAGCAUUUUACACGAUCUAUAUGGCUAUUCUACUCUUCCUCACCCAACGGCUUGCGAUGUCAAGGAUGCUAGUACGCCGUCAGAAAUUGACUACCAUUCACGAUAUAUGUGGUGCAUGGGCGGGCCUUGGCUCUGCACUCAGUAGUAUCUGGGGACAAAUUGAAAUCCCUACUUCAUGGUGGGCGAUUUCUGCCGUGACUGCCUACCUUGCAAGCAUUUCUGUGCUGCAUAUCACCUCUUCCACUCUGCUGCAAUUUCAAACAUUCAAUACUUCCAUGGCAACUUUGGUGCCAACAAUACGAGGAUGGCCAAAUGAUUGGACGAAUAUCAAUAUUAAUUAUUUUGACUGGGUAUCCAUCAGUGCAUCUUUGCCAGUUGUCAGUAAAUUGCCGGGACUGGUCUCUGUAGGAUUAUCCAACAAUACAAUCUAUGACACCCCACAAACAAACUCUAUCGCAGCAAACGCAACUGUGAGUGCAAUGACGAUAAGCUUGUCUUGUGGAUUACUUCCUAAUAUCACAUACUCUAUGGGUGGUGGCAUGAUCAGUGUAAAUUCCUCAAUCACACAAGGACUUCUUCUUUCCACCAGCGUGGCAAGCUACCCCUGUAUGUCAUCAUAG